ACGGCCAUUUCACUCCUGCCGUGCCGCUUUCUCCUACCUCCUCUUCUCUCGCUCUCUCCAAAACCCUAACCCGGAGAUAGAUCCUUUGAUCCGCCAUCUCCCAUUGCAAUCCCUGGCUCCGAUUGGUGGUUCUUGAAUGAGACCCUAGGAUUCGCUCAUCGAUCCGGACCGGUGUCGGCAUUGGUGGUGGAUUGGCUUGCGUCCAGUGUAAAACUACUGCAGGAUCAUGAUUUGUAAUGAUUUGGGGAAGUCAUGCUGGUCCUUUAAAUAUAAUAAUAUAUACAGUGAUAUCAUCUAUAAAGAUGAGCUUGAUGCUUCAUGUUCCUGCUCCACUACCAUUUGAUGGUUCUCCGAUAGAUGUGCUUGUCCCUUGAUAUUUGAUUUUUCCGUUGAGGUGCAUUUCUUGCAAGGACUGGUUGAACCAUCACCUAGAGAUGGGCUUACAUGGUGGUACUUCUGAAAUUGUUGAAUCAAAUGAAGAGCCAAAUACGGCCAGUUGUUAUGGUGGAUCUAAAACACUUUGUAUUAAGCUCAAACCAAAUGUACGAGAUGGUAAGUGCCAGGAUGCGGAAGAUGACCUUGAUCAGCUUUUGAGGGCGAUAGAUAUCAGGACCUCAUCCAGGGUUCUUGGUCCUUCCAGUCAACCAAGGGUUGACUUGUUGUGGAAAAAUGCUCUCAAGAAGCCAGUUAAAGUUGGAGCAUCUAGGCCAUCAGGAAUAGGAAUAUCGGAAUCUGUCACCUUAAAACAGGCUUUAAGAAGGCUGUGCAUUUCCCAGGCAUCAGAGAUGGCUGCCAUGAAGAGGUUAUCAAAACCAGGUGGCUCAUCCGUGGCUUCUGAGGCUGGAACAAUUAAGAGGCUUUAUGCAUCGGUGGUGGUUCAAUCAAGUGACUCUGGUCUUCCUCUUGAUGGAGAAAAAAGAAAUUUAGUCAAAAUUUCCGUUGUGCCUGAAAAGGUGUCAGCAGAUUCAUCAAAAAAGGCAACUGUAUAUGGUCAAUUGCAAAAUUCAGAGUCAUAUGAGAGUGCUGUUUCAUCUCCUCUAUCUUCAGUUCCUAAUACAACCAAGGUAACUAAGAUCAGAAUCCAAGAUGUAAUUAAGCCUACCUCUGAAGAAUCCGAUGAAAGUCAAUCAGCUGAAAUAGGGAUAGAAAAGAAGGGGAAAUCAGUUUCCAAAACAUCCAUAUCUAGCUCCCAGACAGUUGUUGCAUCAAGAAAGCCCAUUGUGAUUCCACUUUUAAUUAAGCCAACGCAUUGGAACAAGACCACUAAAAGGAAAGGGAAGCCUGAGCCAACUUCAGCACCCAGUGGUUCCACCAAAUGUGGUGAACCUUACAAAAGUGGUCCUGCUCUGUCUACAACCAAAUCACAUUGUUUUAAGGGAAGUGUCUCCCCUUCACAUGCUACUCUGCCAACAAAAAAAUCAUGUUGUCCUAAGGAACCUGUCACUCCUGCAUCCAGCACUAGGAAUCCUGUUGCAGAAAUUGGUACAGAAAAUGUUGAUAGUGAUGCAAGCAAAAUAUUUUCCAGCCCGAAUAUCUAUGUCAGUGGUAUAGCUGUUGAUACAAAAGCAAGUGAAUUCUCUAGAGCAAGAGAAAAAGGGGAGUGCUCCAAUAGUUCUAAAAGCAGCAUUGGGGAUUACAGUAGCAGCACUAGCAUCAGUGAAGAGAGCCAACAUAGUAAUGCUAGUAUUAAAGGCUGUAGGCCUCACAUGUCAAGGGAUGUGAGAUGGAUGGCCAUCCAUAACAUCUUAAUUCAACAAAGAAGUUUGGGUUUAAAGAAUUUUAAGCUCCUCAAACGGCUUGGUUGUGGAGAUAUUGGAACUGUUUAUCUUGCAGAGCUGGUUGGUUCUGAAUGCUUAUUUGCAUUAAAGGUCAUGGAUAUCGAAUUUCUGAUUAGCAGGAAGAAGAUUCUGAGAGCACAAACGGAAAGAGAGAUUUUGCAAAUGUUGGAUCAUCCAUUCCUUCCCACCCUGUAUGCUCAUUUUACAACGGAUAGCCUCUCAUGUUUAGUUAUGGAGUACUGUCCAGGUGGUGACCUUCAUGUCGUUAGACAGAAGCAACCUGGAAGGAGUUUCUCUGAGUCAGCUGCUAGGUUUUAUGUUGCGGAAGUCCUCCUUGCUUUGGAAUACCUACACAUGUUGGGCGUGAUAUACCGUGAUCUUAAACCUGAAAACAUCCUGGUUCGAGAAGAUGGUCAUAUCAUGCUCUCAGAUUUUGACUUGUCCCUCAGGUGUUCAGUAAGCCCGACCCUUCUCAGAUCGUCAUCAUUAGACACGCAAGAGUCUGCAAAGAAGCUCUCAGGGCCUUGUGCUGAAAAUAGCUGCAUUGACCCUCUUUGUCUUCGGCCAUCUUGUGUUCAAGUUUCUUGUUUCACUCCCCGUUUGGUAUCUUCUACAGUAGAGAAGACACAGAAGCUGAAGUCCGAAGCGAGCGGGCAAGUAAGACCACUUCCCCAACUUGUGGUGGAGCCCACUGAUGCGCGCUCCAAUUCCUUUGUUGGGACCCAUGAAUACCUAGCUCCUGAGAUCAUCAGAGGAGAUGGACAUGGAAGCGCUGUGGAUUGGUGGACCUUUGGGAUCUUAUUAUAUGAGUUGCUUUUUGGUAGAACACCCUUCAAAGGACCUGGAAAUGAGGAAACAUUGGCCAAGGUGGUUUCUCAGAGCUUGAAGUUCCCAGAGAACCCAUCUGUUAGCUUUCACGCAAGAGACUUGAUUAGAAGUCUGCUGGUAAAAGAGCCAGAAGGUAGGUUGGGAUCAGUCACAGGAGCUGCUGAGAUUAAGCAGCACCCAUUCUUUGACGGGUUAAAUUGGGCCCUAAUACGUUCUGCGGCACCACCGGAGACACCACGAAGCUGUGAAUUCGGGAUGCCCAUGGUAUUUCGCAAGAAAAAAGAAGGUAAGUGUCUUGAUUUUAGGGCUCACGGCGGAGAGGAUGUGGAAUUUGAGCUCUUUUAGUAAAAAUUCUCCACUCUAAAUGGAAGGAUGUAGUCGGUUUGGUUGCCUCCGUUGCCGAUCUUCAGUUCCUUCCUGUUGUUGUGACACUAUCUAUGAUGUACAUGCAAGUUCAAAUUCUUAUUCCUUGUU